GUCGCGUGCAGCCCCUCCCCUUCUCCUCACACAAACACAAGACUACACGCGCACUAAAACAUGGCGGAUAAACACUAACCCUCACACUUGAGCAAUCACACAAAAACCUUUCUCUGCAAGAGAGGUUGGAAUAAGCUGGAUCAUGAAAAAACCUAUACCACAGAAAGUAGCUAUUGAGUGGAAAGAUGGAAAACGGAUCAAGCAUGCUCGCAGUGGUCGCCCCUCUCGUGUCCCAUCACAGUACCAAGGACAUUUUAGUUGGGAGAAGUAUCUAAAAGAGACAGGAGCAGUUGCUGCUCCUCCUCACUGCUUCAGACAGAGCACGUCUCCUCCAGUGAAUGAGUUUAAGGCUGGCAUGAAACUGGAAGCUCAAGAUCCUAGAAACACUACAUCCACCUGCAUCGCUACUGUCGUGGCCCUGACGGGCUCCCGCCUCCGCCUGCGACUGGAUGGUAGCGACAACAAGAAUGAUUUCUGGCGCCUGGUGGACUCCUCAGAAAUCCAGCCUAUUGGUAAUUGCGAGAAGAACGGAGGCAUGCUGCAGCCACCACUAGGCUUUCGUCUGAACGCAUCAUCAUGGCCCAUGUUCUUAUUAAAAACACUCAACGGAGCAGAAAUGGCCCCAGCCCGAAUCUUUCACAAGCAAGAACCACCAGCCCCAGAACAAAACAGUUUUCAAGUGGGGAUGAAGCUGGAGGCAGUGGACAGGAAGAAUCCUCACUUCAUCUGUCCUGCCACAGUGGGCGCACUUCGGGGUGUGGAGGUUCUGAUCACCUUCGAUGGCUGGCGGGGCGCUUUUGAUUACUACUGCCGCUACGAUUCCAGAGACAUCUUCCCUGUCGGCUGGUGCGCACUUACUGGAGACAACCUGCAGCCCCCAGGCACUAAAGUUGGGUUACCAAAGACAAUAGGUGCACUUAGUGCCCAACCAGAGGGUGGCAUAGAGGGGACAGGCAUGCCACCUACGCCAGGCAGACCCCCACCCCAGAAGAAACGUAAGCCUGGCCGCAAAAAAAACAAAGUAUCCGGGCCCUGGGGUCAGAAAGGAACACUUGGUUCCCAGACAAUCCACCCUGGAAAGGAACUGGAAUCUAUUAACAUCCCGAAGAAACGAGGCCCCAAACCAGGAAGCAAGCUAAGCUGGGCCAAGAGGACAGCUUGGCUUGAAGGAACAAUUGGAGGUCCUGGUAGACCUAUCAGCAAACCCAGAGGCAAACUGCCAGCCAGUUGGUCCCAGAAAGUACAGCAGAACCCAACAGAUCCCAUCAAGAUCCCAAAAAAGAGAGGCCCUAAACCUGGAAGCAAGAGAAAACCCCGAUUGGGACCUAACCCUAUGCCCACCUCGCCAAGCAGCAGCACUCCAGAGCCAGACACCAGCUCAGUUCCGCUGGACAAUGCCACCAUUCCCAGUGCUGCCCUUCAGGCCCCUACAGUAUGUGUGUAUCUGAAUAAGUAUGGGAAAGUGGGUCCCCAUCUGGAUGCACGCCGUGUCCAGUCACUGCCAGAUCACUUUGGGCCGGGCCGAGCUUCCUCUGUGCUGCAGCAGUGUGUUCAGGCCUGUGUUGACUGCGCACAUAACCAGGGCUCGGUCUUUUCCUGCCUCAAACCAGGCCAUGGAGGAGAGCUCAUAUCUGCCUACUUUGAGCAGCAGCACCACACUCUAACACUGCCGGCAGUGAACAGUGUGACGUACGUGCUGCGCUUCCUCGAGAAACUCUGUCACAACCUGCACUGUGACCCAUUGUUCGGCAGCCAGCCCGUCCCUGUGGGAGGAGUUCAUUAUGACAGUCGGAUGUACACAGAGAGGAGAAACUUUACUGAAAGUCUGAGUUCUGGACCUGUUCGGGGCGCUAAGAGAUUCCUCCAACAUGAUGCUUACAACAGCAAUUCUGCACCGCACAAAAUAGCUAAAAACCACCGUCUCUCCUCAGAAGAUCCCUUCCUGAUGGAGAAUGGGGUUGGCAGCUCGGAGGUGUUGGAAAAAAGCCACCUGUCUCCUGGACAUGGCUUAGCAAUGCGUUCCCUUUCUCAAAGUAGCAACUCAUCGGGGAAAUUACAUCGUCUGGGCUCAACAGGUUCAGAGCGUUUUCUGAACUCGAGAGAGAGCCCGCGACCCAGUGGACAAGACCCCAACCUGUGGACAGUGGAGGACGUUAUGCAGUUCAUCAGAGACAUUGACCCACAACUCGGACCCCAUGCAGACCUCUUCCGCAAACAUGAAAUUGACGGCAAAGCUCUUCUCCUGCUCCGCAGUGAUGUCAUGAUGAAAUAUAUGGGGCUGAAGUUGGGUCCUGCCCUUAAACUCACCUUUCACAUAGACCGACUGAAACAGGGCCGUUGAACUUUCUUUGUGGCACUUGAAUGGGUUUCAGCCUUUACCCCUUCCAAGCACAUUUCAAGAUGCAUGGCAUGCUGGGAUCUUUGUGUCCCCCAGUACUGUAGCAGGUGUCGGAAAGCUUUCAAGCUCCGCCCAUAUCUUUUACCUUCCUUUUGUUCAGUAGUCCGUUUCUCCAGGUUUGAAUGCAUUCUGUUAUUAAUUAUAGCACUGUUACGAUCUGUUUUUAUGACUGAUAUCCUUGCGGUUGUUCUCACAUUACAUUACGGUUCCAGUACCGUAUCAGAACAUUUCACAUGUUCAGACUUUACUGAAGCAGUGAAGUGGACAGUAUAAAGGCCGUUUUGAGGCCUUGUUUUUAUGACAUACAUUUAAUUAUAUAUUUUUCACCCUACAUCAAGUAAGGGUGUUUUGUAU